AUGCGGCUUAAGACAACUAUUGAAACCGUUUGCUUUUUAGCAUUGCAAGGAAUUGGUUUUAGAGGCCAUGAUGAAAGUUCAAGUUCAUUAAAUAGAGGGAAUUUUAUUGAAGUGUUAAAGUAUAAAGCAGAAGUAAAUGAUGAACUCUCAAGUGUUAUCUUAGACAAUACUCCACAAAAUGCCCAAUACAUUGCUCCAUCAAUUCAAAAAGAGAUUCUUCAUAUUCUUGCAAACAGAGUGAGAAAAAUGAUUUGUGAUGAAAUUACGGGAGGCAAAUAUUGUAUUCUUGUUGAUGAAGCACAAGAUGAGUCUAAAACGGAGCAAAUGGCUCUUGUUUUAAGAUAUGUCAAGCAUGAUGGUUUGCUAAUUGAACUCUUUUUUGACAUUGUGGGAGUUAAAAACACAUCAGCAGUGAUGCUUAAGGAUGCAAUAUCUGAUAUUCUUGUUCGGUUCGAUCUUUCAAUUCAAAAUUUGAGAGGUCAAGGGUACGAUGGUGCGAUUACAGCAGCAAAAGAUGAGCCAAAUAUUUGGCAAUUCUUCUCUCACCUGACUUGUAUUGUCAAUCUUGUUGCUUCCUCUCCCAAGCGUCUUGCUGAAUUAAAAUCUUUUCAAAGGGAUGAGAUUGCACGUAUGUUGAGCAUAGGUGAACACCAAUCUGGUAAAUGGGCUAAUCAGAUUGGCACCUUGCAUCGAGCUGGAGCUACUUGUUGGAGCCCACAUUAUGAUUCUGUAAGGGACUUGAUUGAUAUGUAUACUACAUCUUGCACAGUUGUUGAAAAUCUUAGAAAGGGUGGGCAAACUCAACAGAUGCGUGGGCAAGCUUUGGAUGUUUACAAGCAACUUGAUGUACCUAGUGAUCCAGAGUUUCAAAAUACUUCUUUUCUUACUGAUUUAUGUGGGAAACUAGUUGUAAGAAGGAAGUCCGAGUGUUACCCUUUGGUUGACAGAUUGAUCCGUCUUGUGUUGACUCUUCCCGUUUCUACAGCAACUACAGAAAGAGCAUUUUCAGGCAUGAAACGUGUUAAAACAGCGAUGCGUAGCACGAUGGGAGAUGAAUUUCUUGCUGAUUGCAUAACCGUCAACCUUGAACGAGACCACGGUUGGAAAAUUGAUUUGGAGUCUAUUAUUGACAAAUUCAAGUCUUUAAGGACUUGUCGAGCACAACUUAGAUAG